AUGGCGCGGAAGCCCCGGCCGCGGCUGAUCGCCGAGCUGGCCCGCCGCGUGCGCGCCCUGCGCGAGCAGCGCGACCGGCCGCGCGACUCGCAGCGCUACGCGCUGGACUACGGGUCGCUGACGCGGCCGUUCUCGGGCCGCCGGCUGCCGGCGCGCGCCGGGGCCGACGUGCGCCGCGAGAGCCGCCUGCUGCAGCUGCUCGCCCGCCUCCCGGCCUUCGGCCUGGGCCGCCUGGUGACGCGCAAGUCCUGGCUGUGGCAGCACGACGAGCCGUGCUACUGGCGCCUCACGCGCGUGCGCCCCGACCACGCGGCCCAGAACUUGGACCACGGCAAGGCCUGGGGCGUCCUGACCUUCAAGGGGCGCACGGAGGGCGAGGCCCGGGAGAUCGAGCAGGUCAUGUACCACGACUGGCGGCUGGUGCCCAAGCACGAGGAGGCGGCCUUCACCGCGCCCGCGCCCGCGCCCGCGGGCGCCCCGCCGCCGGUGCCCUACCCGCCGCUCCUGCGGGCCAUGAUCCUGGCCGAGAGGCAGAAAAACGGGGACCCCAGCGUCGAGGAGCCGCUGCUGAGCCUCGCGAGGGCGCGCGCGGAGCCCUGGGACUACCCCGCCCGGCUGGAGCCCCGCGCCCCGCGCCCCGCGGCUGACGGCUGACGGGCCGCGGCGCCCGCCGCCUGCGGGUCGGAGGCCCUGGACCUUGGGGGAGCCGGGGAGCCUGGCCGCCCCGCCCCGCCCUCA